UGGGAAGCAAAUCACGACUCGCCUAAAACGGCUAGGGUUAUCGAGGUGAAAGGUGCAGCAAGGCCCUAGCGACUUCCGCGCUGAAGCAAGCUUGUCGUACAUAAACUCUCUCGGUCACCCUGCGCAACACAAUCGCUCCCACACACUCGAUCCAUCAGCAUCCCAGCUUCACAUUGAUACCUUCCACCCAGCUUGCCAUGUUGUUCAGCGCCCUCAUUGUCGCCGCUACGGCCUUCUCCAGCUUUGCCCUCGCCCAGAACACCUCUCUGCCCAUUGGCGCCUGCUGCACUCUCGACCCAAACACGGUUAGCAACGACAACAAGUCGACCUGGUGUGCCGCUGAGAGGCACACAUGCCCAGAAGUCUGCGGUGGCAUUGGCAAGACCAAGGCCGGCGGCAACGAAUGCAGCACCACCAACCUAAACUUCACUUGCACAUGUUCCGAUGGCACUAGCCCCAACAUGUCCGAUUACCAGCAAUCCGUCCCCGCCUUGAUGUGCCGCGAAUGGUUCUCGCGCUGCAUCAUCGCCUCAGGCGAGAAUCUCGACCAGCAGUUACUCUGUAAAGCGGUGACGUGCGGUAACAAGACCACCGAAGGCGCCGUCUCAACCUCGGCCGCUGCCAGCGGUGGAGCUUCGUCGACUGGUGGAGGUGGUGCCUCUGCUACUUCCGGCUCACCUUCUGCUGCCAGCUCCAGCGGCGCCGCCACUGCUCUUGCUAUCGCGCGCGAGUACGGGACCCCGAUCCUUGCAGGCGGUAUGGCCGCCGUUUUCGGACUUGUCUUGUGAGCAAGCGGACACAAGCGCAGGCUGUUCGGUUCAGAACAUGGACGGGCUCCAUGACAGAAAGUUAAUGAGGAAGGAUGGAAAUGGCCAAGAAUUCCGCAAAUCGGCAUGUUCCAGGAUGACUUGUCUCUCUCUCCAGCGUUCCCGAGCAUUGGAGUUACCCAGGUUAGUUGGGGCGCUAAAAUGUAUUUUCCCUCUUGUACGUGGGGUAUGAAGGUUAGGUAGAGUCAGUAAUGCGAUGAUAUGAGGGGUUCAUGAUAUCCAAUACCCAAAUCC